CUUCACACAGCACAGUUUCACUUAAGUCUCAAAUCAUCAGCAGUUAUACUUCAAUAAAAUCCACAUCCAUGAGACAUUUUAACAAAUCUGCUUUCAGCAAAUUUACACUGAUUUCACCAUUAUCUCAUUUCUGCUUUGUUUCCCCAGGGAACUGAUCUUAUUUUAAUGAAGAGAUGAAGACAAAAGAGCAAAUCAUUAUUUUCAUUUGUUUGUUACAAGGUGUUUGGUGUGGAGAUUGGAACAUCAGUCUGCCAGAGAAGAUUGAAGCUCUGAGUGGAUCCUGUGUGACCAUAAACUGCACAUUUACUAUUAAUAACACAUAUGACACAUAUCUCACUGACAGUGCUGCAGGAGUGUGGUAUAAAGAUGGACAUGAAGAAAACAACAAAAUUGUGUUUAACUCCAGCAACUCAAAUUUACUUUUAAAAGGGAAGAUAACUGGAAAAUUAAAACACAAGGACUGUACUACCAAUUUAUAUGAUGUAACUUCAAAUCACAAUGGCAAAUUUUACUUCAGGAUUGAGGGUAGUGGUCCACUAAAAUAUACCUAUGCACAAAAAUCUGCUUUAAUAAAUGUGACUGCCUCUCCCCCCAAUCCCACAGUGAAGAUGUUUAAGGAUCAGAUGGAGGUUCAGGUUCAGGAGGUGUUAGAGGGGAGCUCUAUGUGUCUGCGCUGCUCUGCUAAGACUCUCUGCUCCUCUUCUCCACCAACUCUCACAUGGAGCUCCACUGACAGACUCCACCUCAAUGAGAGCAGCAGACUACAGCUGGAUCAACAGAAUCAAACUGAGAUCAUCUCUGAUCUGAACUUCACUGCUACUCACCUUCAACAUGGAGUCACUUUUAUCUGCACUAUAACCUACCAGAUACAACAGAGGAUCACAACAGCACAGAACAACAUCACAUUACGUGUUCAGUAUGCUCCUAAAACCACAUUAGUGUCUGUGUUUCCAUCUAAAUCUGUACUGGAGGGCAGUUCAGUGACUUUGAUCUGCAGCAGUGACGGAAAUCCAGCAGUGUUCAACUACACCUGGUACAGAGAGAAUGGAGGACUGCUGGAGGAGCUGCAGACUGGAUAUAAUCUCACCUUCAAUGUGACUGAUCGUACACACACAGGACGCUACUACUGUCAAGCUCAAAACCAACAUGGCACCCAAAACACAUCAGUGUUGCUGGACAUUCAGUAUGCUCCUAAAAACACCUCAGUGUCUGUGUUAUCUAACUCUGUACUGGAGGGCAGUUCAGUGACUUUGAUCUGCAGCAGUGAUGGAAAUCCAGCAGUGUUCAACUACACCUGGUACAGAGAGAAUGAAGGACGGCUGGAGGAGCUGCAGACUGGAUAUAAUCUCACCUUCAAUGUGACUGAUCGUACACACACAGGACGCUACUACUGUAAAGCCAAAAACCAACAUGGCGCCCAAAACACAUCAGUGUUGCUGGACAUUCAGCAUGCUCCUGAAAACACAUCAGUGUCUGUGUUUCCAUCUAACUCUGUACUGGAGGGCAGUUCAGUGACUUUGAUCUGCAACAGUGAUGGAAAUCCAGCAGUGUUCAACUACACCUGGUACAGAGAGAAUGGAGGAGAGCUGGUGGAGUUGCAGACUGGAUAUAAUCUCACCUUCAAUGUGAUUAAUCGUACACACACAGGACGCUACUACUGUCAAACCAAAAACAAACAUGGCACCCGUAACACAUCAGUGUCGCUGGACAUUCAGUAUGCUCCUAAAAACACAUCAGUGUCUGUGUUUCCAUCUAACUCUGUACUGGAGGGCAGUUCAGUGACUUUGAUCUGCAGCAGUGAUGGAAAUCCAGCAGUGUUCAACUACACCUGGUACAGAGAGAAUGGAGGACAGCUGGAGGAGCUGCAGACUGGAUUUAAUCUCACCUUCAAUGUGACUGAUCGUACACACACAGGACGCUACUACUGUCAAGCCAAAAACCAACAUGGUACCCAUAACAUAUCAGUGUUGCUGGACAUUCAGUAUGCUCCUAAAACCUCAUCAGUGUCUGUGUUUCCAUCUAACUCUGUAUUGGAGGGCAGUUCAGUGACUUUGAUCUGCAGCAGUGAUGGAAAUCCAGCAGUGUUUAACUACACCUGGUACAGAGAGAAUGGAGGACAGCUGGAUGAGCUGCAGACUGGAUAUAAUCUCACCUUCAAUGUGACUGAUCGUACACACACAGGACACUACUACUGUCAAGCCAAAAACCAACAUGGUACCGUUAACGCAUCAGUGUUGCUAGAUAUUCAUUAUCCAACCAAAAUCUAUCUCUUCAGUUGUAACAGAACUAAUGUAACUGUGUGUUUGUGUGAGGCUCAUGGGAAUCCCUCUCCUAAAGUUGACUGGUUUCUAUCUGGACGUCCUCUCAGUAACUCUACAAACACAUUCAUCAGUGAGGAGCGAUUGAACAGCACAGACUUGAGGAGCUUCAUUUCUCUCCAUCAGUCACUUACACACACAGACACUCUGCAGUGUGUCACCAGCAACACUCACGGCACUGCUAGUGAACUGAUUCAACUGGUUUGCAGUCCUCAUGAGACGACUGAUUUCUUAUCAGGUUUCAGUCUUUUCUCUGUGCUGAUCGGAGCUGCUGUUGGAGCUUCAGUAAUGAUGAUCUUGUGUGUCAUCACCCAUCUCUGUAAACGAAAUAAAAACAGCAGAUCCUCAAAGACAAGACGAGAAGAUACAGCUGGACUUAUUCUGACUGACAGGGAGAAUGAAGAACCUGUUUAUGCCAAUAAAGCUGUGUUGUCACCUGCUAAAAAUACUUCAAUGAAUUACCCACAAUCCCUUCAUUAUUCCUCCAUUGACUUCACAAACACCCAAACAGAGUCAGAAGAGAUCAGAGGCGUCUCCUCACUUACUGCUGUCUAUGCUGAUGUCCGACAUUCAGGACAAGAGGAAGCAAGAAGCUUCAUGGGAAGCAUUGACCCUCUGCCCAACAGCAACAUAUCAACAGUUGAGACAGCAGACAGUAAAGCAAGAGAUCCACAAUUUACCAUCAGUACAGACACUGAGCAAACUCAGUCAAAGAAAACAGAUUUGCAGUCAGAUGAAGUUUCUGAUCUUUACGCACAAGUAAAAUAUUGCCAUCCAAAGAAUAAAAAAUAGGUAACACGGCAUUUUAUGCUAGACAAAUUUUAAAGAGUCUUUAUUCAAAAGAUUUUUAAAGAUAUUUCUACAGAGACUUAUGAUUGUUGUGUCAUAAAAAAUACAUAUGAAGUACAGUAAUCAUAGAUUAAAAUGUAUAUUUGUGUGUAUAUUUUUUUUCUGUAUUUUUGUAGUUGAAAUGGAUUAAUUUUAUGUUUUAAUCUAUGAUAAUUAACAUUUUGUAGGUUUAAAAUAUAUACCACAGGAAUAUGCUGAUGUGUCUAGUUUUAAAGUGUAGGCCUACAUUAUAUAAAACACCCUUAGGGAAAUCAACUGUGUUAAUAAUAGCAAGAUUGACAGAAACUGCAAUGUUUAUAUAUUGUUAACCAUAUUCUCUAACAGCUUGAUUGUUUUGAUUUACUUCAUUUUUUAAUUGUUACAGUGUAUUUUGUGUGAUCUAUGAUUGUGUGUGUUCAUAAUAUCAAUCUAAAAUUAAAGUUAAGUGAAGUUUA